AGUGAAUAAAGAAGAAAGAGAAACGUCUUCUCUUUGUGAAAGAAGACGCAAAGAGCCUAUGCAGUUGGAGAAACUAUCAACAAAACUGCGCACAGCAUCCGAUCCUGGUGGAGUUUCAACCAGAGAAGAAACGCGGCCCAUUGAAGCCGAUGUAAAUAAAGAUAGGGUCAAAAAGUGCCAGGAAAUUGAUGGGCGAAAAAAUUCAAAGAAAGAAAGUUCGACUGACUGUGAGUGUGGCGGAAAAAAGUCUUAUAGCGUCCAAACAGGAAACUUUAGCCUCGUUAAAAUUCAGAUUGAAACUUGUCCCCAGUUGACUGAUAAAAACUGCCAACCUUCCGCAAAUGCCUGUUCAAUAUCUACGUGCAAAACUGGUUUCAACCCGAAGUUUAAAAAUAAAAGUGGGAUUGCCAAUCGAGCUACCUACAAUUCCACGGAACCAGAAACGGAAAAUAAUUUCAAAAAAAUUAAUAAAAGCGGAAACAGGCAUUGCGGAAAUAAAUCUAUCCCUCAAAAUGGGUCUAAAUUUACAAAGUCAAAGUCUGCCGCAGCAAAAACUAGUAAAAAAGAUGCGCAGCAGAGUGUCAAGUCUUUGGAAAAGUGUAAGAGCUGCGAAAAAAUAGAAUCGCUCGAUAAACCGUCAUUGGCUUGUAAAAAACCUCCUUGCAGUCCAUUUAAGAAGCUGAAACGAUCUUCGCUGACAAUUGAGCCUGAUAAAAUAACCGUUAAUUUGUCAAAGUAUUCGCCUUGCGCGAGCAGAUUGGCAGCAAGUUCUAAAAUACUUACGAGCACAUCUCCAACUAGCCCCGAAAGUCCGCUGAGGGCUGUACGCUCGAGAAGUCCGUCAAACUUUGACAACCGUUUGGCGAGAGAUGUUAGUAUUGAAAAAUCGACUAUUCAGGCUAGUCUGUCUCUGAACAUCCAGCAGUAUCAAAAGUCGAACUCAGCACCCCGAAGCAAAAGUGUAGGAGAUAGUUGCGUUACAUCACCCACAAGUGAAGAAACGACGACUAGUUAUUCUCCCACUAGUACAGAAAUACUUUUCUUAGAGGAAGCUACUAGCAUGCUAGAAAGUCGUACCUCGUUCAAUACUAAGGGUACAGAUGCUCACAUCAACAGCCUGGCUAAAUGCGCUCAAAAGGCGCGGAAGAUUACUCUUGAAACAAAGUGUUAAUAGGAUCACUCUAUAAGGAGACGCUUAUAUUAUAAAUAAUUAACUGGUGAGUAUCUUUUUUUUUGUAACAACAAAAUUUAAAUUCACUUCAAAUAUCUUGCUGGGUGCUUUGUCAUCAUAAUUAAUAUUAAAUAUGGUAAUUGGAUUGCAUUGCAUCUGAAUAGUCCCUAGACAAAAGUAUUCGUCGGCGACACCCAGCUACACUGAAAAUGCGAUUGAAAAUGGAAUAAAUGUGAAUGUAAUUGUUUAGAUUCGUGAAUGAGAGAAAGAAAAAGCG